UUAAAUUAAUUCAACACGGUAGUGUAUUUAGUUUUCCCAAAACGACGCCGUUUGAUUUUUGGUUUUAGUUUUUCAGCCUUAUUCUGUUCAACUCCGCAAAGAAAGGGGAAAGCGAAAGCGUCGUCCCCGGAGGCAAAUCUCGUCACUUUGGCUCCAAAAAUAAACCACAUCGUUAAGGAGUAGUAGAUUGGAAAUGGAAGCCUCACAGGCAUUGACGAACCCAACCCCAAACCCUAACCCUAACCCUAACCCUAACCCUAACAACAAUUACGCAAGCAAUAGAAAUUCGAUACUGUCAUCGACGCCAGUGUGGCCCACAAUCGACGGUCCGUUGGGCCUGUCGGAGGAUGAAUCGUUGUCCUACGCGCGGAGGUUUUACAAGUUCGGCUACGCGCUUCUGCCUUGGCUUUGGGCUGUCAAUUGCUUCUACUUCUGGCCAGUUCUCCGUCACUCUCGCUCCUUCCCUAGCCUUCGCCCUUAUGUUGUUGGAUCAGCAGUAGGGUUCACAGUGUUUUCAGCUAUUUUGUGUUCUUGGGCAUUGACUUUUGCCAUUGGAGGAGAACAUCUUUUUGGCUCAAUCUGGGAUCAACUAGUAAUGUAUAAUGUUGCGGACCGCCUAGGUUUGACAGGUUGGAGCUAGCCAUCUGCCUUUUCAAAAGUUUUUGGGUCCUACCAUCUGCAGUAUCAAUUCCUAAGCUAAAUGUUGAAAGAAAGAAAGAAGGAAAAAGGUGAGAAAAGAAUUGCUAUGAGUUUUUGAUUUCUUAGUUUGAAAUGAACUUGUAUAUAUUGAGAUUGCUGAACCAAUUAUGCUUUUGUAAUCAACUGUUGAAAAUUGUGUGAA